CUCACUGUAAUUUAUAUAAAUUGCGACGUCAAGCUGCCCUUCAUUUAUGAAAUUCAGCCGCCAGAUUUGACUCGUAUCACAGAGAGCAGGCAGCUCACAACCUCGAAAUGCACAAUAUAACAUACCAGGUCUAGUAAUUCAUUACUGCCGCGAUCUGUCUGCGAUACCGACCUCUUUCCCACGACUUCUCCUGCCACAUUGGAGCCGCAGAGAUGACGGACACCAUGGCAACUGAGCUAUCUCCAACGAUGGCUCUUCCAAAGGAUUUCAAAUCCAUCCGGGAAAUCUCUGAUAUGGACGCUAUUUUUGUAGCAAAACAAAAGCCAUUUGUCAACGUUGUUGGCUUGAUCAGAGACUACCAGCCUCCGAGGCAGACUGGAGGCUCAGAUUGGAAAAUGACCCUUACAAUUGUCGACCAGUCUAUCGAGGAAUCAUAUGAGGUGGACAUUAUGAAGCUUAACGUUUUCUUACCUCGCCCAGACAUGCCGGUCAUUGCUGGUGUGGCACAGCCUGUCCUGAUUAGGAGCUGUAGAGUCCAAAUACAUUCAGGCGCUAUCUCUUUGAUUACGAACUUUCGUACCGAAAUCCACGUAUUUCCAGUGCAAACUCCAACAGACACGGCUCUUCCUCCGCCGACAUCAAAACGUGGCAAGGUCAACAUAGAAGAGGUCAGAUACGUUGCUUGGCUACAAACUCAUAUUCAAAGAGGUGCAUUCCCAGAUUCCAGAGAAUUCCAGGAAAGGGUAGUCCAAGCAACAAAUCUCAAGGUAAAAUCUUGCGAGCUCAAGGAUGCUCGGCCAGGGAUGUUUGGUGACAUCGUUGGGGAGGUUAUCCACAUGUUUGACGUUUCCGAUCGAACCACUGUGUAUGUUACCGACUACACAAGCAAUAAGAACUUCUACAACCACGUCAUGCCAGGUGUUCACCCGAUUUUUGAAGGGCGGGAUGGAGAUGAUUUCGGGUAUUCUAACUCAAAGAUGAUCCAUAAGUCAAAGACGAAUGAAUGGAAGGGACCAUACGGUAAAAUGUCCAUCCAACUUACAGCGUUUGAUGAGCACAGCGAGCGAUUCAGAGACUAUGUAAAAGUCGGAAACUGGGUGAAACUGUUGAACGUUCAUUUUGAGUUCCCCAAAACUGGUGGUCACCUGGAGGCGAAGCUUCGUACUGAUCGACGUGCCCACCCAGGCAAGCUCCAAGUGGAAGUUCUUGCCCCUCCUGAGAAUAAGGAAGAUAUGGAUUAUAUGUGGAAAAACGCACUACGCCGCAAAAGAGACUACCAAGAGACAGUCAAGAAGCAAAAGCGCGAGUUCGAACAAGAAAUUGAAGAAGUCACCGGAAAGCGCAAGCGUGAUGACGAUGAUGAGCCCGUGAAGAUGAACGGAAAGCUUCGGCGGAAGGAGAAGAGAAAGGCAAUGCAAGAAAAACUUCAACAUAAGUCUAAGAUUGAGGCUGGCCAAGGAAAGCCCAUCGCCGACACACCUGCAGAGGAUAAAGCCGCAUUGAAUACUGCCGUGAGAUGCCACAAGCAGACAUCACCGGCCAUUCCUCUGGCGCUUAUACUCAACAACCGUCGCCGUGUACCCGCUAGCACAGCCGGUGGGAAUGAAACAUAUGCACCUUUUGUCAAUGCCAACUAUCGCGCCAACCUUCGCGUCACCGACUUCUUCCCUCACAAACUCGAAGAUUUCUCAGUUGGUAGAAAGCCAAACGAAUUCGACUGUCUCUCUGACUUCGACCCUACGUCGGAUGAAGAGGAUGAUAUUAAUACUGUCGGUAAAGACAUUAGUGACUUUGUACUCCGUGAUAACGACCAUCUACAGUGGAGUUGGCGAUUCGCAUUGCAAGUCGAAGAUGCAAGUCCAUCCGAAAGCCCAACAAAAGAGCGUGUUUGGGUUUUAAUCGAUAAUGAGUCAGGUCAGUUUCUAUUGACUGAAAAUGCUGCGAAUCUCCGCACGACGCCCGAUGUUCUUGCUGCUGUGCGCGAGAGGCUCUUUGUGCUAUGGGGCGACCUAGAGGAAAGGAAGGCCGCCUACCUGAACAGCGCCGAAGGAAAGAUCCUUCUCCCGCGGUCACUGGAGUCAUCCAGCUUGUCAAGAGAUGUUUCGCCUCCUCCUAAGAUCCCCCAAAAGCUUAUAUCUCGACCUGGAGAACAGCCACCAGAUAGUGACGAAGAAAUGCCUGAUGACGAAUCACCCCCCCAAAAAGCACCCGCCGAGCGAGAUCCAAACUCAUUGGAAAGUAUUAGAAAGGCUACCCCUAAACAAGCAGCUACACGUCUUGCUGCGAAGCUGAGGGAAAUUGGAGACCAGGCCCAAAAUAAGCCAUUUCCGGGAUGCAUUCGAGAGUAUGGCAUCAAAGUUAAGGUUGAAGAGCCGGCUUCGGAUGAAGAAAAUGAGGAUGACGAAGAUGACGAGGAUCAAAGCCAGCGAACAGAAAAGCCUGUGGUAGCGACAAAGUGGGAAAGAAAGUUUGGGCUACAUGGGACUAUAAUUGUAUGAAUUGUGCCUGGAAAUUCAACCCCAUGAUUUUGGAUGAUAAGGAUCAGAAUGGCAAUUUGAUACAGCAUUAACGCCACAUAAUGUAAGGUUACAAUUAAUGGGAGACCUCCUUAGGGCAACCCCUACGCCCACAGCACUGCCGAAUGGGUAUCCCGCCUCAUUUGGUACAAGGUAGACUGGACUGGGGGUCAAGAAAAGCAACUGGACCGCCGACCUCUAGUUCAACAUCGGACUCAAACGGGGAGAAACAGCAGGACGUUGAGCAGCCUGAGAAACAACACAAGAUCCAACUUGAUGUACCUUAGUGCAUACAAAUGGAAAGAGUCACCUCUGACCUUGGUCAAUGAUUUGGUAGACAUUCUGGCAUCUGGUGCAACGGCAGCCUUGGAACGGCGGCCUGCAUCUGCAUAAACUACGAUGGAGGGCUGAGCACCUCUAGGUUGGCGUAUAGAUAUUAUUGUAUAGUAUUAUCCUAGAUGAAUCAAAUCCCA